AUGGGGACUUCUGCUACCUCUAGUGUCUCACCUGCCUCUGGAUCGUGCGGUGGAUUGUGCAGUGGACUCGCGAGGUGGAGUCCACCACCUCCACCUCCUUCUAGACCAUAUGCCUCUACCUCCUCCUCCUCCACUGCUUCCCCUGCCUCUGGAUCGCACGGUGGACUCGAGGUGGACUCGAGGUGGAGUCCACCGCUUCACCUGCCUCUGGAUCGCGCGGUGGACUCGAGGUGGAGUCCAACCGCUUUACCCACCUCUAAACCGUACGGUGGACUCGCAAGUCCACCGCCUCUACCUCCUCCACCUCCACCUCCUCCCCUGCUUCCCCUGCCUCUGGAUCGCACGGUGGACUCAAGGUGGAGUCCACCGCUUCACCUGCCUCUGGAUCGCGCGGUGGACUCGAGGUGGAGUCCAACUGCUUUACCCACCUCUAAACCAUACGGUGGACUUGCAAGUCCACCGCCUCUACCUCCUCCACCUCCACCUCCUCCCCCUCUCCACCUGCCUCUGGAUUGCACGGUGGACUCGAGUCCAACUGCUUUACCCACCUCUAAACCAUACGGUGGACUCGCAAGUCCACCGCCUCUACCUCCUCCACCUCCACCUCCUCCUCCUCCUCCACUGCUUCCCCUGCCUCUGGAUCGCACGGUGGACUCGAGGUGGACUCGAGGUGGAGUCCAACCGCUUCACCUGCCUCUGGAUCGCGCGGUGGACUCGAGGUGGAGUCCAACCGCUUCACCUGCCUCUGGAUCGCGCGGUGGACUCGAGGUGGAGUCCACCGCUUUACCCACCUCUAAACCGUAUGGUGGACUCGCAAGUCCACCUCCUCCCCUGCUUCCCCUGCCUCUGGAUCGCGCGCUCAAGGUGGAGUCCACCGCUUCACCUGCCUCUGGAUCGCGUUUUUCUAGACCAUACGGUGGACUCGAGUUGGCUUUCCCUUCUCCUCUUCAUUAUGUCCUAAAUCGUAAUGCAAGCGGUUGGUGGGAUGGCGAACUGGAAGGUAAACGGGGCUGGUUUCCGAGUAACUACGUCAAUGCAGACGUGAAUCCUUUGGUAGAGGCAGAUGAGGCAGAGACCGAUAUCGUUCAUCCAUACCCCAAGCACAAUCGCUCUUACUUGGCUUCCCCAUCUCAACAUGUUCGAAUACCUUCAGCUAAUUCUGACAUCGAGUCUCAUGUCCCUCCUGUGAUGGUACCCUUACUUCAUGGCCUCUCCCUUUUACAAAGUGCGGCGCGCUCAAAUCGGAUAUCCCACUUCCAACCAUCUACUGCUCGCAUUAUUUCAUGCGUUCGGUCAGUUUUGUCCGCCACGGACACACUUCUUCGAGAUGCCCCUAUAUUAUGGCAAUUUCCCCCCCUUGCUGACGAAUGGCGCCUCAUUUUGUCAACACUUGCAUCUCUUGUGGCCCAGGCCAAACAAGCUUCUGAUGAAAAGUUGAAGGAAGAGAAUUUGGAAACAGAGGUGGAGGCAAUGCUGAGAUUGGCGCAGCAGGUUUUCACACUUGUUCAACGCUUUCUUGCCAUUGUAUCCCAGUGCGGCAUAGCGCUGCCAACAAGGCAUGAUGCUUCAUCACCUGCAGUCAACGUCAGAGUCCUACGAGACGUGAAUAUCAAUUCUGCGGAUGAUUCGAAUGACACAAUAAUGGCACAGAGUCGACCGGGCACACCAGGGGGAGCUGCUAAGGCAAAAAGUAUGGGUGAUCUAGGCAGUCGCGCAAAAGCAACAGCUGAGGCUGUACCCGCCGUUCCUCCACUUCCUUCGACUCGCUCAACUCCAGCUCAACAUCAGCUCAAUGGUAACCGGCAUAAGGUUGGCGAGUCAUCCGUCAGUAGCACAGCAUCAACUUCCACUUCUUCUUCCGUGGCAUCAAUGGAGGCCCUCCCUCAGCCGCCUUUUCCUCGUGGUCCAUGCACAAUGGCUCAGGUCCUGCAAGCCCUGCGAACUACGCAUGAUCACUAUUUAUCUGCCAUAGCAGUAUUUGUUGGACACGACACGCCCAUUCGCAUUUGCGGUUUUCGCAUGCAUCAAGCAUGGGUCAAUUUCAUCAAGCUUUGGCUAGAUCUAUUGGCGACCAACUCCCGAUGA